CUGCCUGCAGACUGCGCAGCCUGUUCGCUGGACGCUUAUUGGAUAAAAGCGUCUGCGUCACUUCCUUCUUCCUCUUCGACUUCAGCCAUAGUUGGGGACGGACUGUGGGCAAAAUGUCGUCCCACAAGACCUUCAGGAUCAAGCGCUUCCUCGCUAAGAAGCAGAAACAGAACAGGCCGAUUCCUCAGUGGAUCAGAAUGAAGACUGGCAACAAGAUCAGGUACAACUCCAAGAGGAGACACUGGAGGAGGACCAAGCUUGGCCUGUAAACACGAGGGUCCCUGGAUUCCAGUGCUCCCCUCCAUCCCAACAUCUGCGUGGACGUCCAGCUGCUGUGCCUGACCGCAGGGAGGGGAGCCGUGUUAUCUCGUCAUGUUUGAUAAUAAAAGAUCUGUGAUCAAACUUAAAA